GCUCCCUGUCACUGCCUCACGUCUCCGGCCCGGCUUUUCCAGCAUUGCUCAGCCUGGGCGGGAGAAACUGACAGCUCAGCCCUACCCGCCUCUCCCCAGACACCGCCGCCGCGCCGUGCAGUGUGUCCCACGGCGGCAGCCCGGUGACCGUGGGAACAGCCCGCCCAGCAGCGGCAGCCGGAGAAGGCAGCGGCGACGGGGACGCAGGGAGGCCGGAGCCCCCAGCCGGGAGCGACCCGAGAGGCACCGCAGCCGCCGCCGGCUCCCUCACCUGCCCCAGCUUGGAAACCGGUGCAAUAGCUUGUGCCAUUCAGAUACCAUCGAGAGCCGCUGGAAUUGGGCAGCCGCUGGAGUUCAGCUUCUCCUUCCCCGCAAGGUCUAACUGUAUAGAAUGGCACCUGGUAUAACAGCUGAGAAGAAGACUGAGGAUGAACAGUCGUCAAAAAACAACUUAAUUCAUCUCUCCAAUCCUCACCUUGAGAAAAUGAAAGACGAUAUCCUGUACCAUUUUGCUCUUGGGACUAGCACCCAUGAUUUUCCUGCCUUGUUUGGAGAUGUAAAGUUUGUGUGUGUUGGAGGAAGCCCUUCACGGAUGAAAGGUUUUAUCGCCUACAUAGCUGAAGAGCUCGGACUUGGGAGCGUUGGUGCUGACUAUCCCAACAUCUGUGAAGGAACUGACCGUUACGCGAUGUACAAAGUAGGACCCGUGUUAUCAGUCAGUCAUGGUAUGGGCAUUCCCUCUAUUGCAAUCAUGUUACAUGAGUUGAUGAAGCUGUUGUAUCACUCCAAGUGUUCCAACAUAACCAUUAUUCGCAUUGGCACCUCUGGUGGAAUAGGUCUGGAGCCAGGCUCAGUGGUAAUAACCAGUCAAUCAGUAGAUGCUACCUUCAAGCCUCAAUUUGAACAGGUUAUCCUAGGAAAGACUAUAAUUCGUAGUACCAACCUAGAUGACCAACUAGCCAAGGAACUGAUGCAGUGCAGUAAGGAGAUAAAUCAAUUCAAUACAGUCAUUGGAAAUACUAUGUGCACUUUGGAUUUCUAUGAAGGCCAAGCCCGUCUGGAUGGUGCAAUCUGCUUAUAUACUGAAGAAGAGAAAUUGCAGUAUUUGAAGGCAGCUUAUGAUGCUGGAGUCCGAAACAUUGAGAUGGAAUCUUCAGUUUUUGCUGCUAUUUGUAAUCUUAGUGGUGUCAGAGCUGCUGUGGUGUGUGUCACACUUCUGAAUCGACUUGAAGGGGAUCAGAUUAGCAGCUCGCAUGAUGUACUUGUGGAGUAUCAGCAGAGACCACUGAAAUUAGUGGGACACUUUAUUAAGAAGUGCCUUGGGAAAGAGUGAUGUACCCACCCUUUGCUGAUUAUUAGCAGAAGGUCCGGAGCAAGCAAGGAGCCACACCAGUAAACAAACCAAAAUUACAAGCCAGAGCAAGGCAAACCAAACAUACCUCACCAUUCCUCACUUUUCCAUGGGAAGCUGCCAUAGAACUUUCCUUGCAAUACUGUAUUGCAAACACAAGAGGGUGCUACAGAACCUUAUACAUAUGACUUACAAGGCUUACCCCCUAUUUCUCUCCUAUAAUCUAAGGUGAAAUCCAACAACAGCUGUGUUUUCUCCUGGUUCUAGAAACAUUUUCCAAGGAUAAGAAUGACCCAGUCUCUGCUUAUGAAGCUGACUGGACAGAGGAAGGAAGAAGUCAUGCUGCAGCAUGCACCUGACCCUGCCGUCAAGGUCUCCCUCGUUAUCUUCCCCCUAGGUUUUACACAUUAAAGCCCUUCAUUGAGCCAAUGUACUCAACAUACUGUUAUUUUUAAACUCCCCUUCUAACAGAUCCAUCCCUUAGGCUUCCACACGCUCUACCACAUGCCGUAUCAAUUUGCUGCAGUUGCAGAGGAGCGGUAUCGAGGGUGAGGUCUGUUCUUAAAGGCCCGGGGAGCUUGUACUUACCAGUGAAGUUAAUUCACAUGCCACAGCAGCAAGAUCCUGAUGUGAGCGGAUGGCAGUUUGCUCGGCCCUCUGCAGUCCACAGCCCUCCUUCCAAAUUGGAGGAUGGCCUUGGUCUCUGCAGCCACACCCUCACACAACAAUGGCAGAUACUCCCUACAGGAAGGAGGCACAGAAUCAGUAUGCUGGAGGAGGCAGGGGAUACGCUGGCUGGUAGAAGGUCUGGCUUAGAGGAUCAAUUGAAUAAAGGAAUGAGGAGGGGGCAAUGUCAAAUGAUCAACUGAUUGGUGGGGUCUUGGGAGACAAAAAAUUAAUGGGAUGGGAAUGGCUGUGAGGAUGGGUUUCCUGGGAGCACAUGGGAGGCCCUAGGGCAAAGAACAAGACAAAGGGUAGGGAAGUCAGGGGAAAAAUAAAAGAACAUGGGACUGGGUGCAAGCAGGAAGACACUUAAAUAGAUAGAAAAGGAUGGGGGGGGGUGUUUCCUAUUUUCCACUACUUUGCACAUUGUGUAGUCAGCCAGUCACCAGUCACGAUGAGUGAGUGAAGAAUUCUGAUCUGGUAACAUUUCACACCCACUUAGCACAGGUGUAAAAGCCAACUCAAGAGUCAAGCCAGUGGAGGAUCAGGAUCAGGGAUUAGAUUGAACAAGAGAAAGUAAGCAAAGGAACAAAUAUAAGAUGAGAUGAGGGCUCAGAGGAAAGUGAGGUCAAUCAAGACGAGUGAGAUGGAAGAGAAGCGAUUUGGAGGGGCAAUGUGAAUGAAAGUGAUCUGCAAGAAACACAGACAGAGGGAAAGGGACAGAUAAUAAGAAAGGGAAAAAUGAGUGAAGAAAGUUUUCUGGGGAAGAAUAAAAUGAUGGGAGACACAAUUUCAAGUUUUAAUGACACAGAUUAGUGGCAAAAUAUUAUAUAAUCAAACACUGGUGUGGUGCUUGUGGGAUGAGUGGGGAAUAGGAACAAGGCAUGAGAAUCUGUUGUUCCUACCAAACAUAUGAAAAACCAGCCAAAAAACCCACAUUUUAUUGAAAAAAUGAAAAAGAGAACACAAACAAGUGUUGACACUGCAUUCUACAGGAGUUUUGAAUAUGGUUUAGUGUCUGAUAGGCAAAAUUGUGUUUGAGGGAGUUUAAAUGAAAAAUACAUAAAUGUCCACUAGGUGGCAGCUGCCAAAAUCUUACUGAAAAAAAUGUCCUUUACACAAAACCGGUGACAGUAGAGUAGAUGCUACUUCCUAGCAACAAAUCAGUGGCCUUUUGCUAUGUCCUAAGCAGCUGUUGUUGUUAUGGGGAGUGUCGUCUGACCAAAGGCGUAU